GUCUUAGGGUUACAGAGCAAUGUUCUCUGCAAGGAGCCGAUAUAUUAUUUGCAAGUCACAUAUGAAAAGUAUUGAUUUGCGGCAGCUGCAUUCUUCGCUAGUUGCGCAUUCGCAAAUUAAAUCGUCUGUAUCACUUACGCGGAAAAGGUCUUUGAAAUUCAAUAUCGAUGGUCCGGGUUUGGAUUACUUCGUCAGUAAGGCAAACAGUGAACGUUUGAGCAAAGUGAUGCCGAAAGUAGAAGAGAUGUAUGGGUCAUUGAGUACAACAGCUUCCUAUGGCGAUGGUUUGAAAGUAAAAUUCAUAACAUAUGGUUGUCAGAUGAAUGUGAAUGAUGUGGAAUUGGUACGCUCAUUGCUGCUAUCAUCAGGCUAUAUGGAAACAGACGACGUUAAAGAGGCUGAUAUCGUAUUAUUGAUGACAUGUUCGAUACGUGAAGGUGCUGAAAAUAAGGUGUGGGAUGAACUAAAAGUGCUCAGAAAAAUACGCCGCAAAAAGGGGGUUGUUGGAGUUUUAGGUUGCAUGGCAGAACGUGUAAGGCAUAAUUUAUUGACAUACACUGAAAAUGUUGAUGUGGUAGCUGGACCCGAUUCAUAUCGCGACUUGCCACGGCUAUUAGCAAUUGCACGCUGCGGAAGUAUGGCAAUAAAUGUGCAGCUAUCAUUAGAAGAAACUUACGCUGAUAUUGUCCCAGUUCGAAAGGACAAGUUUUCCAAAACAGCUUUCGUAUCAAUUAUGCGUGGUUGUGAUAAUAUGUGUACUUACUGUGUUGUUCCAUAUACGAGGGGAAGAGAGAGGAGUCGUCCGAUAAAUUCUAUACUUGAUGAAAUCAGGAGUUUGUCUGAUGAGGGUGUAAAGCAGGUGACGUUGCUUGGGCAGAACGUCAAUAGCUAUCGAGAUUUAUCAGAAAUAUCAUUUCCUUCUGCCUGUUUAACAGAACCUGGUACUGCUCCCGGAUUUCGCACCAAAUAUAAACCGAAGAAAGGUGGACGUACUUUCCUAACACUGCUGGAUAAAGUAUCGCAAAUUGACCCGGAAAUGAGGAUACGUUUUACUUCACCACAUCCUAAAGAUUUUCCUCUUGAGGUGAUACAGUUGAUAAAAGAACGCUCAAACAUAUGCAAACAAAUUCAUUUGCCAGCACAAAGUGGCAGCAAUGCUGUAUUAGAUGCGAUGGAUCGUGGCUACAGUAGAGAAAGUUAUUUGGAAUUGGUCGAUCGCAUUAAAGCUGUCUUACCAAACGUAUCGCUCACGAGUGAUUUCAUUGCUGGGUUCUGUGGUGAGACCGAGGAAUCCCAUCGGGAAUCUCUGGACUUGAUCAGACAUGUCGUUUAUUCUUUUUGUUACGUUUUUCCAUAUAGUCAAAGGGAGAAAACCAAAGCAUAUCGACAUCUGAAGGAUAAUGUAUCGAAGGAAGUUAAGAAUAGGCGCCAUCAAGAACUGGCAAAUGUUUUCAGAGAAACAGCAUUAAAGCAUAACGAGGCUCUCGUUGGGACCGAGCAGUUGGUGCUUUUAGAAGAAACAAGUAAGCGUUCUUCCGAGCAUCUGCGAGGUCGAAUUGAUGGCGGAGUUAAUGUAAUUAUUCAUAAAUAUUACAAUGAUGGUUCGGAAUUGGUGGAGCUAAAACCUGGCGAUUAUGUUGCUGUUAAGAUAACAUCUGCUAAUUCACAAACGCUCCAAGCUUUGGCACUUCACACGAUAAAGUUGAAGGAUUUCGGAAACUUGAGGAAAAGUACUGAUGAAGAACAGUUGAUCGAAAGUGUUGCAUAAAUUUGCGCAUUGAUCAACUAAAAAAACAUUUUUUGCCGAUUGGAUUUCUAGAAGUUUUCACUAGCGGAAAUAAUAGAGUGAUAUGAUGUUGCUUGUUGCGCAAUACUUUACUUUAUUAUUCAUUUUUACAUCUUAUAUUAUAAUUGUAUGGGUCGCCACCACUUUGUCAAUAUGCUGGAGCUUUAGCUUGCUUCGGAUAUGUGAUCCAGGUAACGAUAAAAGCGAUGGCACAAUCUUCUCGCAUGCGAACAACGUGGAAGGGGAACGAUGUAAUAAAUUUACAUAUAUAAAAAAUAUCUGCCGUUGAAAUAAGACACCAAAUAACUAGAAAAAAUU